ACUGGACUGUUGUAAGGUUCCUAUUAUUCGAACGGAAUCAAAUUUCUUUUGAUAAUAAAUGAAUUAAAUAUGCAAAAAUUUUCAAUAAAAAUCGUCAUAAAGUAAAACAAAAAGUUUUCGAGCUCUAUUAAAUUAGAACAUCCUAGUUUUGUACAUUAUUUAUUCAUUAUUUACGAUUAUUCAAAAGAUCCCUCCUAGAUACAACUGUCAUUCAUUCCAACCUCUUGUCCUACGCUCUUCCUACCGUACCUUUAGCACUAUCUGUCUGGCUUGUUUUCGUGAGAAAAGAAACACGGAAAAGCCAUAUCGCGAAUCUGCUACGGUAAUUAGCGCGUUUAAUUUAAUAGAAAACCUUUGUGGGCAGUGUCAUGUGUGUUAAGCUCUAAAGUGUCUCCAAGAAGUACUGGUUAAUUGAAAUUGUGCGUUUUAAUGCUGCAGAAAAGCAGAAUAUGCGUACCAAAUGAAGCAACAACAAAAAAACAACGAGCUUGCCUGCGAUACGUAGAAAGAAAAGUUCCAAGAAAAGCGCAGCAACUAGUGCGUAGUGUCGUUUUGUGAUAAGAUAUCCCUUCCGAAGAGAUAAAAACGAAUCACUUUCGUUAUCAAAUCAAAGAAAAGGAAGCGUUUGAGAAGACAAAGCUGGGCAUUAAUUUUCUUCCCUUCGUGUUGCAGUGAAAGUGUCAUUAGGGUGAAAAAUGUAGUGUCCAAGACCGCCUGAACCGUAGCGCAAGAAAACUCAAGUUUUCCUCGUAAGCAAACAACCAAGGAAAUACGCUGCUAACCAUUGAACAGCACGAGCCCCUUGGCACGCAAAAACAAUCAGCUAGACAGAAAUAUCAUCCCCGUGGCAAGGAAAAAGAAAAAAAACAACCCCCCUCUAUCACCUCCCCCCGGGUAAAUGUGUCGGUCCGUGGUACACACGUAACCACACACAUACAGUCAAAUGGAGUGCCGGGGUGGUGGAUUGUGUUGAAUGAAAAUUGGUUUACCGGCUGGCUUACCAGUUGUUCGAGUCCAUCGUCUCCAAUUGCGGAGAAGAUGAGAUUUCGGCUGGUUAGCCUGCUAACCACCGGAUCGCCCUUGCUUACCGAUGGGGCACUGUCGCUGGUGUUUCCUCUGCUCCUACUGCUGACAACGACCAUCUGUACAAAUGUGUCAUCUAGUGUUAAUAAUAGCUCCACCGGCCACUAUCAGCCCGUGCAGGCUGGUACACACUAUCCUGCCAGCCAAUCCUUCACAUCGGUCCAUGUCGAUGGCAGUACGUUAGCUUACAAUAAUUCCACAACGGAUACUGGCAAUCGGUCGGCCACGUUCGGGCAACAAACCGCAAAACCAUGCUGUGAUAGUAAUAGUACCGACCGGCCGGUCCCGUCCGCCAGGACGCAUCGUGUAGUGAUAGAAUUUUCCACCAAAAUCGUCCAGAAUGAGUAUAUAGUGCAGUUCAAUGGUUACUACAAACCAAAGCAGCGGGAAAGCUUCAUACAGGCUGCGCUGAAUGGUUCGAAGGUGCAAAAAUGGCGCAUCUUGCCACGCAACAAUCCGGCCCAAGAUUUCCCGAGCGAUUUCGAUGUCCUGACGCUGGAGGAAGCGGUCGAAUUCGCGGACGAUGGUUUAGCGUUGCUGCGGACGCAUCCUUCGAUCAAAAGCAUAUCACCGCAGCGGAUGGUACAUCGGGCACUAAAGUACGUACCACUGCGACAAUCGGAACUCGAUCCCGAUCAAGCUCAAGACCGAGAGCAGGAGAUAGAACCACCAGAGCCGGAGUUGGAGCUUGACGAUCUGGAAACGGAAGAUUUUAUCGAGUUUAUUCAAAAACGGCGUCUCACAACGGAAGAUGAUUCGUCCGCUGGUGUUGCAUCUCCUUCACAAACUUCCCCACCACCACCACCACCGCCCCACUCACCAAACCGUCACUCAAAUCGACGGUUGCUUCGUGCAAUACCACGCCAAAUAACGGCACUACUAAAAGCGGACGUACUCUGGGGGAUGGGAAUUACCGGGCAGGGUGUAAAGGUGGCCGUCUUUGACACGGGACUGGCCAAAUCCCAUCCACACUUCAAACGCAUCAAGGAGCGCACGAACUGGACGAACGAAAAAACGCUAGACGAUGGCGUUAGCCAUGGUACGUUUGUGGCCGGCAUAAUCGCCUCGUCGAAGGAAUGUCUCGGCUUUGCACCGGACGCAGAGUUGCACAUUUUUCGCGUAUUCACCAACAACCAGGUGUCGUACACGUCGUGGUUUCUCGAUGCGUUCAACUACGCCAUACUGAAGAAGAUAAACGUGCUGAACCUAAGCAUCGGGGGACCGGAUUUUCUCGACCAACCGUUCGUGGAUAAGGUGCUGGAGUUGUCGGCGAAUCGGGUCAUCAUGGUGUCGGCGAUCGGUAACGAUGGACCACUGUACGGGACGCUUAACAAUCCGGGCGAUCAGAUGGAUGUGAUCGGUGUCGGUGGGAUGGAUUAUGCGGACAACAUUGCCAAGUUUAGUUCGCGCGGUAUGACCACGUGGGAGCUACCGUACGGGUACGGUCGACUAAAGCCGGACAUUGUUACGUACGGCAGUCAGGUGAAGGGUAGCAACCUGAACGGUGGCUGUAAGUCCCUUUCCGGCACGUCCGUCGCAUCGCCAAUGGUGGCCGGUGCGGUAACGCUUAUCGCAAGCGGUGUACUCGAUCGACCGGAGGUGGAUUUAAAUCCCGCUUCGAUGAAACAGGCACUGAUCGAAGGUGCCCAACGGCUGACGGACAACAACAUGUUCGAACAAGGGCACGGAAAACUGAACAUUCUCCGUAGCAUGAAAGCGCUGGCAGCGUACCGGCCGCGGGUAACACUUUCACCGGCGUACCUCGACUUCACCGAGGACUAUAUGUGGCCGUACACGACGCAAAGUUUGUAUUACAGCGCGAUACCGGUCAUUGCGAACGUUACCAUCCUGAACGGGAUGGGUGUGAUCGGGCGCGUAAUCAAUCGACCCACGUGGCAUCCGUACAGCAACGAGCACGGUGAGCUGCUGAACGUUUCGAUCAGCUACUCGGAGCAACUGUGGCCAUGGUCCGGUUGGAUGGCGGUACACAUCGGUGUGAAUGAGGCGGGCCGCGGGUUUGAAGGUAUCGCACAGGGCCACAUCACGCUAACAGUCCAAAGCCCGGCCGAGGGUGCGAACGAACGGGAACCACGCAACGGUACGGUCAGCUUUGCCAUUAAGGUACGCAUCAUUCCGCAACCACCGCGCCAGAAGCGUAUCCUUUGGGAUCAGUACCACAGCCUGCGGUAUCCGCCCGGAUAUCUGCCCCGCGAUAAUCUCAAAAUCAAAUCCGACCCACUGGACUGGCGGGCGGAUCAUGUGCACACGAACUUUAAGGACAUGUACACCCAUCUGCGCAAUGCGGGCUACUACGUCGAGGUGCUCGGUGCGCCCUACACCUGCUUCAAUGCUUCCCACUACGGUACGUUGCUGGUCGUCGAUCCGGAGGAGGAAUUUUUCCCCGCCGAAAUAGCGAAACUGCGCGAGGACGUACUGGACCGGCAGCUCAGCGUGAUAGUGUUUGCCGACUGGUACAACACGUCCGUAAUGCGGCGCAUAAAAUUCUACGACGAAAACACCCGCCAAUGGUGGAUGCCGGAUACGGGCGGUGCAAACGUACCGGCGCUAAACGAUUUGCUGCGUGACUUUGGUAUCGUACUGGGCGAUCGUGUUGCGGACGGAUAUUUCGAUAUGCGCGACCAUCGGAUGUAUUACGCUUCCGGGGCAAAUAUUGUACGCUUUCCGGUCGGCGAAGGUACGAUCCUGAUCGAGCGCGAUCUGCUAGAUGAAGGGCUCGCCAUCACGCAACCGGACGAAUCACGCUCGAAGGUACGUCUGCGUACCGCCAUACUGGGUAUGUUGCAAACCGAUCGACGGGUUUAUGCACGGCUGCAACCGGCCACACCGAAUCCGGAAGGACCACCGCAAAUGUCCGCGGAUGAGAUGCUGGAAGAUGUUGAAGAGGAUAGCGGAAAGAUCGAUCGUGGUGCGAUCAUUAACAAGCGCAUCCUGCUGAGUGCUGGCGCUGUCGGUGGUGGAGAUGUAGAGGAGGACGAGGAAGUGCCGAACGAUGGUGGUGAGUUUAAUCGGGACGAUGCAGCGAAUCGUAUCGAUGCCGGCGAGGAACCACUGCCGGAAGACGAUCGGGAUGGGGACGAUAUUGGGCUGAUGUUGCGCGAACGCACGAAACAGGCUGUGAAGCAGCACAAUUCUACCACCGCAGCGGCUAGAACGGCCAACCGGCCGGAACUGGCUGGUGGACGAAUUGCACUGUACGGUGAUUCGAACUGUCUCGAUUCGACGCAUCUGGAGAAGCCAUGCUUUUGGCUGCUGGAUUCACUGCUCGAGUACACGAUGACGGCACACGUAACGAGCCUGCUGCGCGAUCUCAACGUUAGCCGACAGGUGGAACAAAUCGAAGAAAACGUGAAGCUACCGCAACGAAUGCCGAACAAUAAUCUGCACCUGUACUCGAAGGUACUUGUCGCGCAUACGACCACCGGUGAAAAACGGCCACUUCCUGCCUGCCAGCGGCUCGAUUGGGAGUAUCCGGUAACGCUUAACAUGUCCACCCUGAACAUUGGUCCGAACGAACGGUUGCUCGGUCAGGAACAGCAGCAUCAGCAGCAGCAGCAACAUCUGCUGACGGUUCAACAGCGUCAGCUUAAACAGGGACCACCGCAACCAAUGUUGCCCCUGGUAGGCAACGAGCUUGUCUACAGUAGCCGGGGCCGUAGGUUGGAAAGUCAGAAAGGUGGAAAUUCCGUGCUUGGCGCUAACGAUGAACCGGACGUGCCCGGAUGGCGCAACAAGAAGACGGACAAAAUCCCUCCGAACGCGCCACCGAACGUUUUCAACAGCCCUUCCGGUGCAUCACCGACGGCGGGCACACCGAUGGCGGUGGGUGUAAAAAUUAUUCCCCUGGCCGGCGGCGGCGGCGGCGCCGGUGCCACAGAGGACGUCGACUAUUAUGCGGCGGAAAGCCGUGGCAGCAAUGGACACGUGAACGGUGGUUCCCCCGGUUCGGUAGCAUCCGGAGACUUCUGGUCCUGGUUGACCAGCUCAAAGAGUGCUUUAAUGGUGGGCCUGUUCAUACUGCUGACGCUGCUAAAUUUGGUGCGCAAAUCGAAAGGACUCACGAUAAAGCGGCGGCUUAAUUAUGUUUUCAAGAAGAUUGGCUUCUAGGAAGGAUUCUGUUGAUGCUGCUGUGACGGCUAAAACCAAAACGCUACGGAACCGAUGUUCCCACGUAGGUUAAGCAAGCUUAGAACUUUACAAAAUAAGCCUCGGGGCGAAACGAUUCGAUAUAGAGGUAGAAGAAACGGGUGGCAAACGGUAGAGAUAGAUGGAUAGCAUUAGAGAAUGGUCCCAUUUUCCUGUAGCUAUAUUAUGCUGACUGUUGUUUUAUGUUCUUGUUAUUUUCUAGCUACUUAAGUUUAACCGUCAUUAAUAUCGUGUAAGAGGAUAGAGUAUGGCUCUGUUUUAUUUAGUAGCAUAUGAUUCAAAUAUUUAAUAUAUUACAGCCUUAGCUUAUCUUCGAAGACGAAAAGGUGCUGUUCGUGUAGUUUUAGAUGUGUAGGAUCAUGUUUUUUUUCUGUUACGCAAAGAUUAUUUCAGUUGCCCCCUUUGUGGCAAGGGAUGGAUGACGGAGGUUAGUACCCUUUUACAAAAAGCAACGUAAAACAGCAUUAGAACGACCUAAUAACUAGAAAGAGGUUAAGGGAAGGAAAUUGUUUAGCAAAAUUGUCCCCUACGUGUACAUUAUAAAAUGUGUAUCGAAACGAAAAACCGAUUAACAUACAUUAUGUCAAUCCGUACUAUCCGAGUUCCUCAAUCCCGUAGUAAGUCGGGUUUUUUGGAGAACGCAAAAAAUAAAGAAGGAAAAUAUUUUUAUAUUUUUAUAACGAAA